AUGGAGUUCAAGCUAGACCUCUACGUCUCCUGCAUAACUGUUACCAUGGUUCAACUUGCGUAUGCUUAUAGGGUGUGGAUAAGUGAUGCGAACCAUUUAUCCUCUAGACUGCACGCUGAGAUUCCAUCCCCAGUUAGCGGCAAGAACCGACUUGUCACGUCAACCCUGGCAUUUUUAACUUUCUCUCAAUUCACAUCAUGCAUAGGCAUGUCCAUUCUACAGCAGAUCAAUGGCGACGUAUCCCUCCUGCACAGCGUUAUGAGCAACGCAUUUGGAACGGCCGAAUUCGGUAGCACUGUCGCCUGCGACCUUCUGAUAUCUGCCUCCAUGGCUUACUACCUCAACAAAAGACGCUCGGGAAUCCGAAGGACAGAGAAUUUGGUGGAUAGAUUGAUCGUCUACGUGAUUGGCAUUCAUCAGCAAAUCAGUGAACCACCGGCAAGGGUUUAUCGACCCUUAUAA